AUGUUUUUUAAUAGCGUGAGGCGCACUACUAGGACAUAUAUUUGUUGGGUUUGUUUGGAAGAGGAGGAAAUAACCAAGGAAACAGAGUUUAGUUGGAUCUCCCAUAGUUGUGGUUGUAAUUUGCAAAUUCAUAAAGCAUGUUAUUUGAAAUGGUUUUACAAUUCAAUGGACAAAAUUUUUAUUCAGAGAGUAGUGCCAGGUCGUUCAUCAGACAAUGCUCUUAUCGAUGUUAGGAAAGAAUGUUUGCUCAGGAUCAUCGAUAAGCAUCGAAGUUUUCAAGUUAACAAGCAUAUAUGGAAUUUAUUUCCUUUGCCAAUUAAAUUGUUAACAAAGCCUUACUACAGAUUAUUGAACACAGUAUUUUUAUAUCCACAAGGUACUCUAUUCGGAACAUACCUUCAAAGUAUCGAAAAUGCCCAGGAUAUCCUAUUGGAGCUUCCAAAGAGUAAGAAAUGUCCACAAUGUAGAAAAAGAGACUUCAUACCAGCAAGUACGGCAUUUAUACAGGAAUCACUCUCUUUGUCGAUAGCAUACAAAAUUGACAUGAUUAUACAAAAUGUCUUUGGAGUAGUGUUAACCGCUGGUACUAUUCUGAAUCCAAGAAAAUUAUUCUUUAAGCUGGGCCUACAUCAACUUCGAGUGAUAUUUCCAGAGAGUUUCCUAAAAAUAUUAUUAAACAUAAGUACUACUAGAGCUCUGGAUGUGUUUUCUGAGACUGCCAAUGGGUUGCAUAGCAUUUCCACUUACAAUAAAUUCAUUGUAUAUGGUUUUCCAUUCUUUCUAGCAUCAUUAAUAACUCCAAACAAUACAUUUAUAAAUGAACUGCAUUGGAUAUAUCCUAUCAUUCUUUCUCUCAGAGUGAAAGCUUACAAUGGCAAAGUAAAGACAAAUAUUAUGUCCGCUUGCCUACUUUCAAGCAAGGUCUUAAUCUGGCUAUUCGACAAUUUUUUGAAUCCAUUCCUUUUCAAAAGGUUCAUCAAAUCAAUGUAUGAAAGUGCCGAUUUCAAAUCACUUGGAUCAUUAUUAUUUGGCUCCACUGAAGAGUGGUAUAAUUAUUUUACACAAUCUGAAGGUUAUAAUCAGCUUUUCAGAUCGAUGAUAUGGCCUUUCUUGGGGAAUUUUGCUGGGAGUCAUAUAUAUGAUUUGAUCGUAUGGUUACAAGGGAAAACGGGCAUUAGUUUGAAUUUAGAAGCAAGUCAUGAUGAAUACAAAAUGAUAUUUAAUUUUAGUGGGUGUGUCUUACUCGCAUUUGUAUACAAGCUGGUCCACAUUCAUUUUAUUCGGGUCAGAUUAAAGGAACUUAGAGAGUUAACAUUAGUGGUCGAACAAGCUGUCAAAGAAUGA